AUGCUCCGGACGCAGUUCCUCUGGUGGCACCUGCUGGCUCUGUUUUGCCUCCCUUUUUGCCUGUGUCAAGAUGAGUACAUGGAGUCUCCACAAACCGGAGGUCUGCCUCCUGACUGCAGCAAGUGUUGCCAUGGUGACUAUGGCUUCCGAGGCUACCAGGGACCUCCCGGGCCUCCAGGCCCUCCAGGCAUUCCAGACAAGAUUGCAUUCAUGGCUUCUCUUGCAACUCACUUCAGCAACCAGAACAGUGGGAUUAUCUUCAGCAGCGUUGAGACCAACAUUGGAAAUUUCUUUGAUGUCAUGACUGGUAGAUUUGGAGCUCCAGUAUCAGGUGUGUAUUUCUUCACCUUCAGCAUGAUGAAGCAUGAGGAUGUUGAGGAGGUCUACGUGUACCUCAUGCACAAUGGCAACACUGUCUUCAGCAUGUACAGCUAUGAAACAAAGGGGAAAUCAGAUACUUCCAGCAACCAUGCUGUGCUGAAGCUGGCCAAAGGGGAUGAGGUUUGGCUGAGAAUGGGCAAUGGCGCUCUCCACGGGGACCACCAGCGCUUCUCCACGUUUGCCGGCUUCUUGCUCUUUGAAACGAAGUAA